ACAUAAACAACGUUUUUAUGCCGUGUGUGGUGCUAGCUGGCCUAGGAUCAGCCGGGGAACAGUGAAUUGUUCCCUGGAUCAGCUAGCAGGGCUUAGGCCUAGGUCCUAUCUUUAAGUUUAUCGAAAGCUAAGAGCUUUAUUUGGUUAUUAUGGAUACUUCAAAGAUAACAAGACUCGAAGAAGAGCAAAUUAAAGCUUUUCAAGAUACACUUUCAAAAUUACAACAAUGGGAAACGUUCAAAAAAGAUUAUGAAAUAUUAGAAGAUCGCUUAAAGACCUUACCGGACAAAGUAACGCAUCAAGUGAUGGUGCCGUUCGGGCCUAUGGCCUUUAUGCCUGGACAGUUGGUACACACCAACGAGAUAAAUGUGCUCCUUGGGGAUGACUGGUUUGUGGAGCGAUCUGCAAAGCAGGCGUGCGGCAUAGUACAGAGGAGGAUUAAUCAUGUUCAAGGUAUGAUAAAAGAUCUGCAAAAGCAAAAGGAACUACUGGAGGCUAGACUUGGCUUCACUGCUGACUUCAAGGCAGAAUCAUCUCAGGGGGAAGGGGUCGUAGACAUCAGGGAGGAAUAUGAUGCAGAGAAGGAAGCAAAAUGGAGAGAUGAAAGACAGAAGAAGAGAAAAGCAGCAACUAUGAGCCAGGCAACCCCUAGAAAUAUUAAUGUUGAUCAUAAACCAUCAACUGCAAAAAAUGAAACUCCUGUCGAAGCAAAACCUAGUGGCAGUGUAAAGAAGGAACAGAAGAAAGGUGAUGGUGAAGAGAAAACAGCAAAACAGAAGAGAAUGGAAGAAAUGGAAGCAGCCUUGUUUGCAAGACUUGAUGCUUUGGAAAAACAAGAAGAAGAAUUUGAUGAACUAGCAAUGUUGUCGGAUUUUGAUGAAAAUGAGGAUUAUGAUGAGGAUGACGACGAUUCCGAUGAUGAAGAUGAUACACCUGUGGGUGAUACCAAAAAGAAACGCGUUCAAUGGAAAGAUAGCAGUCAAGGUGAAGAGAGGCAAGAUUUAACCAAAAUUACAUUCCAACACAGUAAACUAACUACAACAGAGGCUCAUCAAAGUUCAGAAACAGAUGCAGAAAAGCCUGGUCAAGGAGUCAUCCAGUCACCUCGUGAUCUGUACAAUCUGGUCCAGACCUCAAAAGAUGGAGAGAAAUCAUCAUCUGCAGUUAGGUCUAUAUUGAAGAAGCAGAGUAGCUAUGGUGAACUUGUAUUUACUGGCUCUGUAGUUGAACGAAUACCUGUGCCGUCAACCGAGUCAUCAAAAGUGCUGCCAAAAUCUUCAUUACUAGAACCAUCAAAUCAACCCCCAGCGACUAAAAGAGUUUCAAAAUUCAAAGCAGCUCGUCAAGCAAAGCGAUAGCAGCAGCUAAAAGUAUUACCUUCCUUAGUUCUCAACCUUUCUCAAAUUGGGGUUCAUUCUAUAAAUCUCUCAAAGUGUAACCACCUCAGCCUCACCAUGUUUGGGGCUGAGGUGAAGAUUUGGAAAUGACACCGCCAGAUCAGUGGCGUAAUGAUGAGACACAGGGCCUGGGGCGUGAAAGGGAAUUUACAUGGUAUAAAAGAAGUAUUGUCAUGUGAGUUUUCCAUGACGUUCUUGAGUUAAAAACCAGCAAUUACAUUGUUUUAAUUUGUUAGUUUUAGGCGUCAUCUACUAGACUGUAAUGCCAUAGCUCUGUUAGGAGUGCUGUGCAACAGUAGUUGAAGGGGCCCCUCUGUCAAAUGGGGGAUGCAAGAUCCCAUAGGUUUUAUGCCACUGCUGUAGGUGCUCAGAAAUGGCACUCUAAUACAUAACUAUGCCUUUUUUUUGUUUUGUUUUUAAUAUUCAUUUGACAUUAAGGAGUUUUAAUUAACAAAAAUAUUUUAACUCCACACCCACUAAAGACAAACAUAAACCCUUUUUAUGGGAUACAGUAUACAAUACUGUAUAGUUUUUUUGUUGUUACUGGAAUACAUUUUCUGUCUACUCUAAUAAAAAACCUUAAAUAACAUAAAAU